AUGGGGUCGGCUCACGGUCACCAGGUCAGCUUCAGUCAGAUAGGGUUCUCUCCACGGUCACCAGGUCAGCUUCAGUCAGAUAGGGUUCUCUCCACGGUCCCAGGUCAGCUUCAUCAGAGGUACUGUAUCUGUAACCCCGGGGUGGUACGACAGUUCCGUAACCCCGACACCAUCUUCAUCCUGGCGUUCGCCAUCAUCCUCCUCAACACUGACAUGUACUCUCCCAACGUCAAGCCAGAGAGGAAGAUGAAGCUGGAGGACUUCAUCAAGAACCUCAGAGGUGUGGAUGAUGGAGGGGACAUCCCACGGGAGAUGCUGACAGGUAUAUAUGAGAGGAUCAGGAAGAGAGAGCUGAAGACCAACGAAGAUCACGUCUCUCAGGUCCAGAAGGUCGAGAAACUCAUUGUUGGGAAGAAACCGAUUGGUUCUCUGCACCAUGGUCUAGGCUGUGUUCUGUCCCUGCCACACCGCAGGCUGGUGUGUUACUGCAGGUUGUUUGAGGUUCCAGACCCCAACAAGCCUCAGAAACUGGGUCUGCACCAGAGAGAGAUCUUCCUCUUCAAUGACCUGGUGGUGGUGACAAAGAUCUUCCAGAAGAAGAAAAACUGUGUGACAUACAGCUUCAGACAGUCCUUCUCCCUUUGUGGGAUGCAGGUGCUGCUGUUUGAGAACCAGUACUAUCCCAACGGUGUGAGGUUAACAUCGGCGGUUCCCCGAGCGGAUAUCAAGCUUUUAAUCAACUUCAACGCUCCCAACCCUCAGGACAGGAAGAAGUUCACUGACGACCUGAGAGAAUCCAUCGCUGAGGUCCAGGAGAUGGAGAAAUACCGCAUAGAGUCGGAGCUGGAGAAGCAGAAGGGAGUGGUCCGUCCCAGCCUAUCACAGAGCUCGGGGCUGAAGAAGGACUCUGGGAACGGCCAAUUGGGUCGCGGCAGCCUUGAUGACAACUACGCCAUGGGGGAGGGGCUAAAGAGGAGUGCCCUCAGCAGCUCGCUACGAGACCUCUCAGAUGCAGGGGGGAGGGGGGCCCCCAGCAGUGCAGGAUCACUAGACAGCAAUACUGAAGGCUCCAUCAUUAGCCACCCCAGUCCCCACAUGAGACGCAGAGCCACGUCUUCCCGAGACAGAGGCGGUCCUUCCAGAGGACACUCCGCCCCCACCACCUCUUCCCUCCUGGGCUCUUUGUUUGGGACCAAGAGGUCCAAGUCCCCCUCCCUGUCCCCCCAGCACUCCACCCUCAACUUCCGUACCGCGCAUCCCUCCAACCAACACCAGACGGCCCAGAGCCAGGCAGAUACACAGGCCCAGUUGCUUCAAGGAGCCCAGUACUGCCAGAACCCUCCACCCUACCACCACCACCACCACUACCACCCCCCUGCCCCUGGGUUGCCCCUCCUCCUCUCAUCCUCCUCCCCUCCUCACCACCACCCACUGCCUCCCACCCCCAAUCCCUCCUCCACCAAGACCAAAACACAGCGGCAUCAGCACCAGCCACGUCUUCCCGAGACAGAGGCGGUCCUUCCAGAGGACCUCCGCCCCCACCACCUCUUCCUCCUGGGCUCUUUGUUUGGGACCAAGAGGUCCAAGUCCCCCUCUGUCCCCCCAGCACUCCACCCUCAACUUCCGUACCGCGCAUCCUCCAACCAACACCAGACGGCCCAGAGCCAGGCAGAUACACAGGCCCAGUUGCUUCAAGGAGCCCAGUACUGCCAGAACCCUCCACCCUACCACACCACCACCACUACCACCCCCCUGCCCUGGUCUGCCCCCUCCUCCUCUCAUCCUCCUCCCCCUCCUCACCACCACCCACUGCCUCCCACCCCCAUCCCUCCUCCACAAGACCAAACACAGCGGCACAGCACCGUGUUUAAGGACAGAAACGCCCACAGACACACACACACACAGCUCCUAGAGACAGACUAG